AUGUCCAUUCUGUUAGAUACAAAAUGGACCGUCAGUUGGAUAUGGACUAAGUUGUUACUAGCAGAUAAGAUUAACUGUUGUGCUUCCAGCUACGCGCUACCUCAACCAGGUCACCCCGGCAUCACCCUGGCUAACGAUCUGUCCGGAGGUACCGGGGGUCCCGGUGCGGGCGGCGUCGGUUCCGUCGGUGGUACCUCCGUCGGUGGCGGCGGCGGCGGUGGCGGUGGCGGCGGCGGUUCGUCCCUGCCGACGACCGCCCUCAGCCUCGACCACCAGCAGUUCAACAUAUUCCCGGCGAUCUUCAGCCGUCAGCUCAACUUCUCCGCGGCGGCGGCUGCCAAUUGCGGCCAGAACAAGCUGAUGGACGAGCUCAGGCCGAAUCUGGGUCUGCUCGGCGUCGGCCUGGUCGAGAACGACAGCUUUCAUCUGAAUCACAAUCAGGAGAAGAGGAAGUGCAGUAGCGCCAGCUCGAAUGAGCAGGACUUCGGCCUGUACGGGGUGCAUCAGGGCCUCGAGGCGAGCCCGCCGACGCCCGCCGCGACGCCCGGUAGAAGCAGCGUCGGGGCCACCACCACCGUCGGAAAGAAAUGGACAUCGUGCCAUCUCGAGAUAGACGUAUUUUCCGCUUGUUGAGCCUCGAGCACGCGUACGCAGUGCAACACGACCAGCCCGAAGUGUUGACAAUGGGUCGG